CGCCGCUUCUCCCGCGGCCGCGGGGGCUUCUCCGGGUCCGCUCACACCCUGAGCUGCCCGGACCCGAGUGGAACCUUCCCGCGCGGCCCGGCCGCGCCCGGUCCCAAGAGAUACCAUGAUGUGGGGUGCAGGCAGCCCCCUGGCUUGGCUCUCUGCUGGCCCAGGGAACGUGAAUAUGAGCAGCGUGGGUUCAGCAGAGGGACCCACAGGACCAGCUGCACCUCUUCCUUCACCCAGAGCCUGGGAUGUGGUGCUGUGCAUCUCAGGCACCCUGGUGUCCUGCGAGAACGCACUGGUGGUGGCCAUCAUUGUGGGCACUCCUGCCUUCCGUGCCCCCAUGUUCCUGCUGGUGGGCAGCCUGGCUGUUGCAGACCUGCUGGCAGGCCUGGGCCUCGUCCUGCACUUUGCUGCUGUCUUCUGCAUUGGCUCCGCAGAGAUGAGCCUGGUGCUGGUUGGCGUCCUGGCGAUGGCCUUUACUGCCAGCAUUGGCAGCCUACUGGCCAUCACUGUAGAUCGGUACCUUUCUCUGUACAAUGCCCUCACCUACUACUCAGAGACAACGGUGACGCGGACCUAUGUGAUGCUGGCCCUCGUGUGGGGGGCUGCGCUGGGCCUGGGGCUGCUGCCUGUGCUGGCUUGGAACUGCCUGGACUCCCAGGCCACGUGCGGCGUGGUAUAUCCACUCUCCAAGAACCAUCUGGUGAUCCUGGCCAUUGCCUUCUUCAUGGUGUUUGGCAUCAUGCUGCAGCUCUAUGCCCAGAUCUGCCGCAUCGUCUGCCGCCAUGCCCAGCAGAUUGCCCUCCAGCGGCACCUGCUGCCUGCCUCCCACUACGUGGCCACCCGCAAGGGCAUUGCCACACUGGCUGUGGUGCUUGGCGCCUUUGCUGCCUGCUGGCUGCCCUUCACCGUCUACUGCCUGCUGGGCGAUGCCUAUUCCUCACCCCUCUACACCUAUCUCACUCUGCUCCCCGCCACCUACAACUCCAUGAUCAACCCCAUCAUCUACGCCUUCCGCAACCAGGACGUGCAGAAGGUGCUGUGGGCCAUCUGCUGUUCCUGUUCCUCUUCCAAGAUCCCCUUCCGAUCCCGUUCCCCCAGUGACGUCUAGUCACUUCACACCCUGGUGACCAGGAUGUUAGGUCCUCCAGGGUUUUGUUCUAAGCCCCCAGCUCCACACCCCAAAGACCCAGCUGGUUCUGGGUGUUUCACAGGAUUCUCUUCAGAUCCCUGCAGGGCCCAGCUGGCUCUAUGGUUCUAGAAUGUUCAAGUGGUCAGGGUUCCACUCAGAAAUGUCCCACAGCCCAGCUGGUUUGGAGUUCCAGAACACUGCUGGCUGUUUUACAGUGCCAUUCCAAGUCCCUGGUCUUCCCCCUCCCUUGAACUUGACCAUGUCACCUGACUUUUGAGUUUCUGAGCUAGAGUCAGAGAGGUUAGCCACUCAGUUCCCUAGACAGGGGAAAGAGAAAAAGAUUUAUCUAUAUCUAUAUAUGUAUAUAUGUGCACUUACAAAGAGAGUAUCUAGUUAUGAUUUAUCUAUUUAUUUAUUUAUGGGUAUGAGGGGAAAAAAAGAGACCCCCACCUUGAAAUCCAGGCCAUACCAGGGUAUCCCCAGUCCCCACACCCACAUUUCUGACCUCAGUUCCUAGAGGGGGGAAAGGGAGAAAGAGAAAUCAUGUAUUUUGUUAUUAUUUUUGCUUAUUUUUUAUUGAAGAGAUCAUAGAAACCAGAGCCUUCUCCCUAGGCCUGCCCCUCUAGGGUUUCAGUGGGGGAACACACCAGCCUCUGGUUUUUUAUUUUUUUAAGAAGCCAUCACCUGAGCAACCGAGAAUUCCUCUGCGCUGGGGGCUGGCUGCCCUCUGGUGGCGGUUUGGGGGAAACUGCAGCCUGGCCAGGCAGCCAGGACCAAGACGUGGCAACCCCAACUCCACUCCAGCCUGGCAUCCAGCGCCACAGCCAUGGCCUGGGGGCAGACCUCACCUUCCAGUGCCCUAGGAGGCAGGGUGUGAGCCAACACCUGAACCCUCUGCCAAUCGGGGUAUGGCCCCCAGUGCAUUCCCGAUUCCUGUC